GGUUUAUCCCAAAAAAAAGUCGCUUUAGAAAAUGCAUUAACCGAUUAAUUAAUAAUUUAGAGAAAGAAAGAGAUAUGUCGUAUAAGCGAUAAAUUCUCUGGUGUGAUUAGACGGAUCCAGAAUUGAAAAUUAUUAAUUCUUUUCUUUGCUGUUUUCUUAUUUUCAACUGAAAGAUGGGUUUUUCUUUUUGCGCAUGUGUCGUCGGUCACUAUAGCUACCAAAUAUAAACGUCGCCGCGUCGAGGUUGUCGAGGAUCUCACCGGGUCUAUCAUAAAUGGUCAUAAAUUGUCACGAACGAUCGACGAUAUUUCGACACACAUGGCGACGAGUAACAUAGACGUGAUUUUAAACCAGCUGGGAUGGCAGGAUGGCUUCCGAAUUCCCGUAGCUAACGAGGAGAACAAACGUCUGGAGGAAGAAAUUGCUAGGAAGACAAAGCACAAAAUCUUAUUAAAUGCAAAGUUGGAGAGUCUCGAGGAACGACUAAAAAUGAUCAAGAAACAUACCGGCGACUUGGCUGCGCGACGUGAUUUUAAUCAAAAACUGCUUACUGAACAUUCGAUUCAGCUGGAGACAGAGGAUCAUUUGUAUCGAUUAAGCGGCAACACCGAAUCGUCGCUGCGCCAAGAAGCGCGCGAAUUUGAGAAUGAAUGGGCGGACGUGAAUCGUAGAGUAUCGAACGUGGAGAAGGAGCUGCUUAGGAUGACGAAGAAACUGGUCGAGACGAAACAGUUGGUCCAGUUUGAUGAGGACAGCUUACGCAAAUGGGAGGAGAUGCUUGCGCAGAAGGAGGAGGAUAAUCAGUUGAUAGAGGAUUAUAUGAAGCAGGAUACGCAGAAAUAUAAGGAAUUGGAGCAAAAGCGGCAGAAACUUAGCAUAGAAUUUGAGACUUAUCAUCAAGCUAUUAUCAAAACUGUUGGCGAACUACAAGAGAUGGAGAUCGUUUUGGACCGCACAACGAAACUGUACAUGGAAGCGUUAAAAGAACGCAGACAGAUGAUAAAUCAGUGGACGCAAAGCGUCAACAUUCUGCGCCAGAGAGACAACGAUAUACAAAAUAGUCUAAAAGAAAUCGAAACAUUGCGAGAGAUUGACAAAGAGAAAAAAAACAAUCUCGAAGAAGUAGAACAAUUUUUAAAGGAUCAAAUUGUAAACAACAAGCAACUGGAGGAGUUGAUUAAACAUUCGGAGAGGGAACUUGCUGAAGUCCAAGAAAAACAGCGUAAAAUCACAGAGACGAUUGAUGUGUAUAACAUCGAGCUUCACACUCAGAAGAAGUUAGUAGGAGAAUUGGCACGUCGUAUACAGCAAAUCCGAGCUAACACGAAGCGCAAGAGGAUCGAGAUCGAGAAUAAACGUAUAAAAGUGGACGAUUGCAAAAAGCGAAUCAAUGAUUUAACAUCGACUUUGGAAGAGAUUGAGAAUCAAAAGUUAAACGUCGAGGAGCGAACGAAACGUUUGGAGAAAAUGAUCGAGCAUGACGAGAAACGAAAAUCCGCGAUCAUCAAAGAAUUGAAUCGGUUGCAAGCCGCGAUUUUACGUACAACGAAGAGGAUUGUAGAAUUAGAGAAUGAAAGAAAGAUUCUGCAGAUAGAAAUUCAGAGCGAGCAUAAGAAAGUUGAUCUAUUUAAUGCCUUAUUCACGAAGGAAAACAAACUUCUGGCAGAGAAGAAGGAAGCUCUUUAUCAAGUGGAUUUCAAUCUGCAGAAGUGCGAGAUGAAGCUCGAACGGGUCAGAGGACACGAACACGACAAGAGUGAAGUCGAAAGGAAACAGACGAGAAUCGAAGAUUUGCAAGCUGCAUUGAAAGAAAAAACGGCCACAUCUAAAUUGUUACAAAAUCAGAUCGUCAAAAAUCAGAUCGUCAGUUUGGAGCACGAUAUGAGAAAAGUAUCUAGCUGUCUAUCAAGCGAAAAUGACGAACUCGAACGGCUACGGAGCAAAAAGCAGGAUCUAUUGCUGCUGUUAGAUGGAGGCGAAAAGCGAUUGAAAAUCGCGCAAGCCAAAAACGAGGAAAGACAAGUGGAAGAAAAUAUAAUGCGCCUUCGGGUAUCGCAGCUUGAGCGAAUGACAUCGAACGUGAGCGAUAAAGUCUAUGAUUUGGAGAAGUAUCGUCUUCAUCUCGAAGCUGCGCUUAAGGAACGUGCAACAGAAAUCACGGCACAGAAAGAAGCGCUCGCUGUGCAGAAGAGGAUCGCCGGCAAUGAGUGCUCAGAACUGCGCACUGCUAUUGCCGAGAGAAAAAGCAGGGUACGGCAGUUGCAGGCGCGAUUCGACAGCGGCGUCGCGACAAUGGGUACUACUUCGGAUGGGGUAGCGAUGAGCACCGCGUACUUGAAGAUACAGAGUGCACAAGAGCGAUACAUGCUGCGGGAACAAGGUGACAAGCUGGACGAAGCUAUUAGACGAACGGAACAGGAAAUACGCAGCAUGGAGAACACGCUGCGAGUGGUGAACAUGUGCAACGACAAAUAUAAGGACAGUAUAAGCGCGGUUGAUCAAGAUGGGCCUGAAUGGAUGGAACAGAGGAGACUUGACGAGCAGAUGCAUAAUGCGCGACAAAAGCUAUUACAAAAACAAACUCAGCUGCAACGAUUGUUCGAUGACCUGCAGAAAACGCAGAAUGAUUAUACUCAAUUGCUCGAUGUUAUUGAGAAGACGAAGGAAGAAAAGGAAAAUAAAGAACGUUACUUAUCGGGCAUUGAGAAACAGACGGCGGAACAAGGAGAGAAGAUAUCCAGAGCCGACAAAAGCCUUCGUAAGGCACAGAAGGAUAUACAAAAUUUAUAUAUCUCUAAAAGGGAUGACAUUGUGCUUUUGCAACAAAAAGAAGUGGAACUGCGAGAGCUUCAAGAGCAGAACGCGUUGGUUCUUCAAGACAUCGCGGAGUUUACGAUUCGUCACGUAGAAGCUGAAGCAUACGUUAAGAAAUUGUUGAUGGCCAAGAACAUCGAAUUACCAAGCUUUCCUCCAUCGAUUAGAUCGCCUCUCAGUCCUUGCGGUAGUUCAGCAGGAUCGCUGGAUCAGCCUUUAAAAAGCACGAGUCGUUUGAGUGCCUUUACUUCAUCGAAAGAAAGCAUCGGCACUAUAGUUAAAAUGGAGCCGCAAUUUGAAGAACCAACAAGUAACGCAUCGAGGAAAAUUGUAAAACGCAAUACCGCAUCCAAAGAAUCCCUCGCUUUGUCGAAGCGAUCCGUUUUUGUAUACGAAAAGCAACAAUCACAGAAGAAAUCGUGAUAUAAUAAUUUUCAUUUCAAUAAUUAGGAUUGGGUACCGACAGCUUACAUCUACGUGACUAUCAAUCCAGAUGUCUGAAUUAACAGAAAUUGAGAGUAAUAAAGUUUUUGGAGGAUGGCAGAAGGUGUACACACAUAACAGCACAUACUGAAAAAAAAACGAUGGUUUGACAGCACAGAAUUGGGAUGCAAGAUGAAAUUUGCAGUCUACAUACCACCCCAGGCUGAAAAGGAGUCAGUGCCAGUCAUCUACUGGUUGUCUGGUCUCACGUGUAACGUGGAUAAUUUUAGUCAGAAAGCCGGCGCGCAGAAAUAUGCUGCGGAUCACGGCGUGUUUCUCGUCAUACCUGAUACUAGUCCAAGAGGUUUGAAUAUUCCUGGCGAG